UCGACGCCCUUUGCUGACCGCGGAGCAAAGCGUGAGCCACAAAAGGCGGUGUCUCCGAUCCCGUCCUUUACACCCUUCUUCCAGCAUCUUCAAAUCCAUCGCCAGAUCUGAAGGCCGAAAGAGGCGGAGAAGGAAGAGGAAUUGGAGAGAGAGAAAAUAAAUGGCGAGUGACAGCGACAUCGACGAGGACGAGCUCCUCCAGAUCGCUCUCAAGGAGCAAGCGCAGAGGGAGGUCAACUACAAGAGGCCGUCGGCGAAGGCCUCCAAGCCGGUCGUCAACCUCAUACAGCCCCCGCCGCCGCCCCACUUCAUGGCUCAGGAUCAGCAUCAGCAGCGAAACCCCAAUCCCAGGGCGAACCCCGUUCCUGGGAAGCAGCCCCCGCAGCAGCAUCAGCGGAAGCCCAGCCGCGGCGGCGGGGUCGACGACGACGAUGAUUCCGACGUCGAGAUGCUGAGCAUCUCAUCCGGAGACGAGGACUCGUCUAAGGACCGCGCGGCGCCGCAGAGGGGGCGCAGCGGCGAACACCGGGCGUCUAGGGACGAUUUGGAUCUGGGGACGGACGACGAUGAGCCCAGCAGCUGGAAGAGGGUCGAUGAGGCCGAGCUUGCUCGCAGAGUUCGAGAAAUGCGUGAAACACGGGCAGCACCAGGUGCACAAGGUCUUGAACAAAAAACAGCUCCAAUGGCUCGCAAGGGGCUUGCAAACUUGCAGUCUUUACCUCGUGGUGUGGAAGUUUUGGAUCCACUUGGACUAGGGGUAAUUGAUAACAAAUCAUUGAGGCUCAUUACUGAUGCUUCAGUAAGCUCUCCAGUUUCAAGAGAAAGGUCUGGUACUUUAGAUCCUACUGUACGAGAAAAAGUAAUCUCUUCAUCUCCUCACUUUGACCCCAAGAUUUUUCUUUCACGGGUUCACCAAGAGACAAGUGCUGCGGAUUUAGAAUCUGGUGCCCUUACAUUAAAAAAUGAUCUCAAAGGAAGGACUCAGCAGAAAAAACAGUUGGUAAAAGAAAAUUUUGAUUGCUUCGUCUCUUGCAAGACCACAAUUGAUGAUAUUCAGUCAAAGCUGAGACAGAUAGAAGAUGAUCCAGAGGGUGCAGGUACUGCUCGCCUGUAUGAAGCCACCCAAAAUAUUAGUCAAGUUGCAAACCAUGCAUUUCAACCUCUAUUUGAGAGGCAGGUGCAAGCUGAGAAAAUCAGAUCAGUUCAAGGAAUGCUUCAGAGGUUUCGAACGCUGUUCAAUCUGCCAAGUUCAAUUCGUGGGAGCAUUGCUAAAGGCGAAUAUGAUUUAGCUGUUAGAGAGUACAGGAAAGCAAAGUCUAUUGUUCUUCCCUCUCAUGUUGGUAUACUGAAACGUGUGCUUGAGGAAGUGGAAAAAGUAAUGCAUGAAUUUAGAGGGAUGCUUUAUAAAUCAAUGGAAGAUCCAGAGCUUGACUUAGCUGAUCUUGAGAACAUUGUUAGGCUUCUGUUGGAGCUGGAGCCCAGUUCAGAUCCUGUCUGGCGUUAUCUUAAUAUUCAGAAUCGGAGGAUUCGAAGUUUGCUUGAAAAGUGCACUCUAAAUCAUGAGGGUCAGAUGGAAAUUUUGCAUAAUGAGAUUCGAGAGAAAGUCAAAUCUGAUGCAAGAUGGAGGCAACUUCAGGAAGACUCCAAUAAACUGCUAGACACAGAGUCACCCUUGGAUGACUCUCCUGAGGUAGACAUGCAUCCAGACGUGGAAGAAGUGGAUGCUUUAAGAGGAAGGUACAUCCAUAUGUUAAAUUCUGUACUCAUCCAUCAUAUACCGGCAUUUUGGAGAUUAUCUUUAUCUGUUUUCAGUGGAAAAUUUGCAAAGGUAACCACUGGUGGUGUGCUUCUUGAUUCAGAGACAAAUGCUAAGCCUGCCUUGAGUAAGAAUGAGGAAAAAGUUGGUGAGAUCAAGUAUUCCACUCAUACUCUUGAAGAAGUUGCAGCCAUGAUUCAGGGUACUAUAACUGCAUUUGAGGCGAAGGUCCAAAGUACUUUCCGAGAUUUUGAUGAAUCAAACAUUCUACGACCAUAUAUGAGUGAUGCUAUAAAAGAGAUCGCUAAAGCAUGCCAGACACUGGAGAGCAAAGAGUCUGCUCCUUCAUCUGCUGUCGAAGCUUUGCACGCCCUUUAUUUUGAGAUCACAAAGAUAUAUAUUCUGAGGCUCUGCUCAUGGAUGAGGGCAACAACCAAGGAGAUUUCCAAAGAUGAAACAUGGACUCCUUUGACUACUCUAGAGCGUAACAGAUCUCCUUAUGCAAUUUCUUACUUGCCCCUUGCAUUUCAAGCGAUGACAAUAUCAGCUAUGGAUCAGAUUGAUAUCAUGGUUCAGAGUCUGAGGAACGAAACAACUAAGUACCAGUACGUCUUUGAACAUAUUCAGGAAAUUCAAGAAUCGGUUAGACUUGCAUUUCUUAACUCUUUCUUGGAUUUUGCAGGUUGUCUUGAACGAAUUGGUACUGAACUUUCUCAGAAGAGAUCAAGCAGAAAAAAUAGUCAUUUGCAAAAUGGAUAUCUGCAUAGUCUCGAGAAAGAUUCAUCUAUUCUGUAUGGUGGGCGUGCUGCUGCUUCUGAUUUCCACAAAAAGCUAUUAAUAGUUUUGAGUAACAUUGGAUAUUGCAAAGAUGAACUUUCCCAUGGUUUGUAUAGUAGGUACAAGCACAUAUGGCUGCAGUACAGGGAUAAAGACGAACAAAAGGCUGACAUGCGAGACCUUGUAACAUCUUUUUCUGCACUUGAAGAGAAAGUCCUUGGCCAAUAUACAUGUGCUAAGCAGUCAGAUUUGAUUAGAGAUGCUGCUCAGAUCUAUCUUCUAAAUUCUGGCAUCCAGUGGGGAGGAGCACCUUCUGUCAAGGGUAUACGAGAUGCAACUAUUGAUCUACUGCACAUUCUUGUGGGCGUGCAUGCAGAGGUAUUUUUUGGUGCUAAACCUUUGUUGGAGAAGAUUUUAGGCAUUUUGGUGGAAGGCUUGAUUGACACUUUUAUCAGUCUUUUUGAUGAACAUAAAAAUAAAGAUUUAAAGGUGCUGGAUACAAAUGGUUUCUGUCAACUCAUGCUUGAGCUUGAAUAUUUUGAGACUGUUCUGAACACAUACUUCUCACCCCAAGCACAUGAAGCUUUGAAGAGGUUGCAAGGAUUGCUUUUAGAGAAAGCUUGUGAGAGUGCAACUGAGCCUUCUGAAAAUCCUGGGCACCAACGCAGGUCAACUCGUGGGAGUGAAGAUGCCAUGGCCGAAGACAGGCAGUCGACUGUUUCCCCAGAUGACUUGCUUGUGCUGGCACAGCAAUAUAGCAGUGAGAUACUUGAGAGCGAACUAGAAAGGACUCGAUUGAACAUAGUAUGUUUUAUGGAAUCUUCUCUUCAGCCGGCAUCAUUUACAGGGCCCCCAAAGCCUGCUUUUGCUUCACAUCAAGGAUCUGUUGCUUCUCCAAGUUACAGGAGGCAGCAGACAGUGGGAUCUCCAGCUUACUCACGGCAACGACGCAAAUAAGUAGUAGGGGAGAAAAGAAGCCAGCUUUCGUUAAUUUUUCCUCCCAUUUUUGGUUCUUUUCUUUGCAUCGCUGGCUUUCCGUUAUUUCGUAUCCUGUAUAGCGGGUGAAUCAUGGGCCAUUCUUUGGGUGUUUGUAGAAUCUUCUCAUGGGUUGAGGAACUUAGAGAGUUUCUUUGCUUGUAUAUUUUUUGCAACACAGUAUCUAUCAUUGGCUUGUAUUGACACUGCAUUCUCUCCUUGGGUUCUUGAAGAGUUCUCAACCAAGGAUGGCAUUUUCAUAAGUUGUUUCCAGUAAGGAUAGUUUAUGUUUUUAGAAGUAAACGAUAAUUUAAUUAGCAUUAUUGAUGCUGGAAAUUUUUUU